AUGCCUUCAGACAUGCCCUCUACUUGUCGUGCGGUGGUAUUAGAGAAAGUCGGCGCACCUUGGACUAUCAAGGAAGUCCCUGUCUCCAAGCCCGAGUCCGGCGAGGUCUUGGUUAAAGUACUUGCCUGCGGUGUCUGCCACUCGGACAGCUUCCUUCAUCAGGGCCACCUCGGAGAUAAGGUGUUCCCCCGUGUUCCUGGGCAUGAGGUGAUUGGGACGGUGAUUGCCGUUGGCGAUGGGGAGAAGAAGUGGAAGGUUGGGGAUCGCGUUGGAGGAGGGUGGCAUGGCGGACAUGACGGGCUAUGCAAGGCGUGCAAUCGCGGUCUGUUCCAGAUGUGUGAGAAUGAGCUUAUCAACGGAGUUAGCAGGGACGGCGGAUACGCUGAAUAUUGUACCCUCCGCAGCGAGGCUGCAGUACGUAUUCCGGCCGAUGCGGAUCCGGCUGAAUACGCGCCUCUACUGUGUGCUGGCGUAACAGUUUUCAAUGGCAUACGCAACAUGCACAUUCAGCAAGGCGAUACUGUCGCUAUCCAGGGUCUUGGUGGGCUCGGUCAUUUGGCGCUCCAAUACGCACGUAAAAUGGGCUACCGCACCGUUGCACUUUCUUCAUCUGCCGACAAGAAAGACUUCGCGUUCCAAUUGGGAGCAACUGAUUACAUCGAUACGUCCAAGGAGAGUGCGGCAGAUGGGCUCCAGAAGAUGGGUGGGGCAAGCCUCAUUGUCGUCACAGCGCCCAACCCCGAGAUCAUAGGUCCAUUAGUCAACGGCCUAGGCCCACUAGGCAAACUACUUGUUCUCGCACCCGUGGGUGACGUGCCGAUCAAUACGGUUAGCCUGGUUAUGGGAGGACGCUCGGUUCACGGGUGGCCGUCUGGCCACGGACUCGAUAGCGAAGAGGCGAUUGAUUUUGCAGAGAAGCAAGGUGUAAAGUGCAUGAUUGAAAAGUUUCCGUUCGACAAGGUGGAGGAUGCUGUACAGCACAUGCAGAGUGGCAAAGUGAGAUUCAGGAGUGUCAUCGUCAUGGAAUAA